CUCUCUCUCUCUCAGAAUCUAAAAAAUCUAACACUGCAUGACACCUUCUCUUGGUAUCAAAGUGUGACGCUUUAUGACUUUAUUCAGGGAUUUUACUUGCCGUUUCAACCACUUGCACACCCCUUCUCUCCUCCACUCUUCAAAAAUCUAAUCUUGGCAUCUCCCUCUCCCUCUUUCUCUUCAUUUUUUGAUGGAGUCUCUUUGCAUUGUUGGCAAUGGAGGAGUAUCGACAUGCCAAGCAUUUACUAGAUUAGAUACUACUAGGGUUGGUUUUAGGCCAAGGGCUCAACUGGGUUUUGGUUGUUUUGUAAGGGAGAGGUAUAAAUAUGGAAACUUGGUGAUUGCAAGAUCAGGGAGAAGUGGGGUGGGUAAUUCAAAAGAUGGAAACUUUGCUGUUGAAAAUGAGAAAGAAGAGAAGCGUGGUGGUCUUAUUUUAGGUCCUGAAAGGGAUUCUUCCGGUUCCGUUAUUGGUUUUAACUUGAUUCCUCCUUCUGGUGAUGGUGAGGUUUUAGAGUCUCAUGAAGAUGCAACUACUGGUGGAACUGAAGAAGCUGAGGACAUUGAAGGAGUAGAGAAAGUCCAAACCAGAGUAACUUACAAUAUUGUUUUUGUUACCUCUGAAGCGGCACCAUAUUCAAAGACUGGAGGAUUAGGAGAUGUGUGUGGUUCUUUGCCUAUAGUGCUAGCUGCUCGUGGACAUCGAGUGAUGGUUGUCUCUCCUAGAUACCUGCAUGGUAGUCCGGCAGAUAAGAAUUUUGCUGGUGCUUCAGAGUUGGAUUGUCAUAUAAAGGUAUAUUGCUUUGGAGGGGAACAGGAGGUUGCUUUCUUCCAUGAGUACAGGGAAGGUGUUGAUUGGGUGUUUGUGGACCAUCCUUCAUACCACAGGCCUGGAAACCCAUAUGGUGAUAGCCGUGGUGCUUUUGGUGAUAAUCAGUUUCGGUUCGCUUUACUUUGCCAUGCAGCAUGUGAAGCUCCAUUGGUGCUUCCACUUGGAGGGUACACCUAUGGAGAGAAAUGCCUGUUCCUUGUUAAUGAUUGGCAUGCCGGUUUGGUUCCAGUGCUUUUGGCUUCGAAAUAUCGUCCCUAUGGAGUUUAUAAGGAUGCACGAACUAUCCUUGUGAUACAUAACCUUGCACAUCAGGGAGUGGAACCUGCAGCAACUUACACAAAUUUGGGAUUGCCUUCAGAGUGGUAUGGGGCCUUGGGAUGGGUGUUCCCUACUUGGGCAAGGACUCAUGCUCUUGACACUGGUGAAGCUGUUAAUCUGCUAAAGGGUGCAAUUGUCACAGUUGAUCGGAUACUCACUGUUAGCAAGGGUUAUGCCUGGGAAAUAACAACUGUUGAAGGUGGAUAUGGUCUGCAUGAGCUGUUAAGCAGCCGAAGGAGUGUUUUGAAUGGGAUCACGAAUGGCAUCGAUAUUUAUGAAUGGAACCCAUCAUCAGACAAGCACAUCGCUUCCAAUUACUCUGUGGAUGAUCUUUCUGGGAAGGUUCAGUGUAAGAUUGCUUUGCAGAAGGAAUUAGGUCUUCCUAUUAAGCCUGAUUGUCCACUGAUUGGAUUCAUUGGGAGGCUAGACUAUCAAAAAGGAAUCGACCUGAUCCGCUGGGCAAUUCCAGAGCUUUUGGAAGAUGAUGUUCAAUUCGUGAUGCUUGGGUCUGGGGACCCUUUGUAUGAGGACUGGAUGAGAGCAACAGAGUCAACCUACAAAGAUAAGUUUAGAGGUUGGGUUGGAUUUAAUAUUCCAAUUUCUCACAAGAUAACAGCUGGCGCUGACAUACUAUUGAUGCCCUCGAGAUUUGAACCCUGUGGGCUAAAUCAAUUGUACGCAAUGAGAUAUGGGACUGUGCCAGUUGUUCAUGGCACUGGAGGACUCAGAGAUACAGUACAGGCUUUCGAUCCUUAUUCUAAAGGAGGUCUAGGUGAAGGCACCGGGUGGAUUUUUUCUCCGCUAUCAAAAGAAAGCAUGUUGGCGGCAUUAAGAGUUGCUAUCAUGACAUACCGAGAUCAUAAAUCAUCUUGGGAAGGAAUAAUGAAGAGAGGCAUGGUGAAGGACUCCACAUGGGAGAAUGCUGCUGUUCAUUAUGAACAGGUUUUCGAGUGGGCCUUCAUCGAUCCACCGUAUAUUAAUUGAGGAUACAUAAGAAAAACAUCGAAGGACAUAUGAAAAAGAGACCAGAAACACCAUUUUCGUGAAGAAAUCAACUCGGCACUUGUCGAAACAUGAACAUAUCAACCGAUGAUGCCCCGGAAGCGGUUUUUUUGUACCACAUGCUCUGUGUGGGCAGUGUUUUUUAUGGUUAUUCUUUCUCGAGUGAUUAUAUUUUAUUCUGCAUGUGCACCCCAUUGUCAAAUAGUUAGUUUUGCACAGGUCACAGCUUGUUGUAAUGUACAUUCUGAUAAAAACAGGAACUGGUAUAGAUAGUUUUUUCAUUGGCAAAUAACAUCUUAAACCAACAAUAAAUUAUGUUUCAGGUGCCGCUAA